UGCUCUCUUUCCUUCGCUCUUCGCCUCUUCCUCUCCUUCGCCCUUUUUCUCUCGCCGGCGACGUUGACUUCGCCGAGUGCCGUUGAAAAUUAUGGCAGACGCAGGGAAGCGGCGGGUGUGCUACUACUACGAGCCGGAGAUAGGGAAUUACUACUACGGGCAGGGGAACGCGAUGAAGCCUCACCGGGUCCGGAUGACCCACUCCCUCCUUGAGGGAUACGGCCUCCUCCACCGGAUGCGGGUCCUUCGCCCCAUUCCGGCCAGCAACCGAGACCUCCUCCGCUUCCACUCCGACGACUACAUCGCCUUCCUCCGCUCCGCCACCCCCGAUCGGCACCUCGACGCUGACAUCCUCCGCCGAUUUAACAUGUCCGAUGACUGCCCCGUAUUCUACGGCCUCUUCGACUACUGCCAGUCCUACGCUGGCGCUUCUGUUUGCGCCGCCAGGGAACUCAACCGCGGCCGCGCCGACAUCGCCAUCAAUUGGUCCGGCGGCCUCCACCACGCGAAGCGCAGCGAAGCUUCGGGAUUUUGCUAUGUCAACGACAUCGUCCUCGCCAUCCUCAAGCUCCUCGAGGUCCACAAGCGAGUUCUCUAUGUGGACAUUGAUAUCCACCAUGGAGAUGGGGUGGAGGAGGCUUUCUACUUAACUGAUCGAGUGAUGACAGUUUCUUUCCAUAAGUUCGGUGAUUAUUUUCCUGGCACAGGGCACAUAGGUGAUAUUGGAUAUGGCAAAGGACAACAUUAUGCUAUAAAUGUGCCUUUGGAUGAAGGAAUUGAUGAUGAGAGCUACCAUUAUGUAUUCAAACCUAUCAUGGAGAAAGUUAUGGAAGCUUUCAGGCCUGAUGCCGUAGUACUUCAAUGUGGUGCUGACUCCUUAUCCGGAGAUAGAUUGGGCUGCUUCAACCUCUCUAUUAAGGGUCAUUCAGACUGUAUAAGAUACAUGAGAUCUUUUAAUGUGCCACUCUUGUUGCUUGGUGGCGGCGGGUAUACCUUACGCAAUGUCGCUCGUUGUUGGUGCUAUGAGACAGGGGUUGCAUUGGGAGUUGAAUUAGAUGAUGAGAUGCCUGAUCAUGAAUAUAUAGGAUAUUUUGGCCCAGAGUUCACUAUUCAUGCUGUCCCAAGUAAUAUGGAAAAUAAGAAUUCACGCAGGUCUUUGGAUGCUACAAAAGUGAAGUUACUAGAAACUCUUUCCAGUCUUCAACAUGCUCCAAGUGUUCAAUUCCAUGAACAACCAACUAGCAUGGAUACCGAUCAGGAUGACGAUUAUCAAGAGGAUGCAAAUGAUGAUCAUCACAUGGACAGGGACGGGUGGCCUCACUCUUGAGAGGUCAUACAUGCUGCUACAGGAUUUUAGUCCUCGAAAUUAAAACUUCAACUAAUGUUCAGAUAUACAGGAAGCCUAGUUGCUCACACUGUAAAUGCUUUGCAUUUUCUGUUUGUGUUUGGGUAGCACAAAAGGAUCAAAGAACAAAUUUCUUCUUUUUUGUACGCUUCAAUUAAUAUAUAUAUAUAAAGUAUUUCAUUGGCUAAAAUCUUAGGCAAUGUAGUGAAAAAACAGAAUUUUGAAGCAUCAUUUUCUGUUUCAAGAAUGAAUAAUAGUACAUGUUUGAUCAUAGUUGUUUCCUUUGACAUAGUUAUUCUCAACUAGAUCCACCAAGUGAUGUAAGCAUCUCUAAUAAUAUUUUUUUUAUAUGAAUGUCGUGCAAGUAUUAUAGUAGUAAAGAAGGCGAAGAGGCGUGUGGUUACCAAAAAGGCAUCUGAAAUCUGCAAAUCGUGCUCACCAUUCUCAAACUCCUUGAGGUGAACUCUCCUUCUCUGUUCCUUGCUUCCUGUAAAAAUAUCUUUAAUUUCCUUCGUUAUUAGACGUAUUUACUUGUUUUUUGUAACAUUAGUUUUAUCAUAUCCAAUACCCUCCAUCAUCCUUUCCCUUUCCCUUUCUCGCCUUUUCGCCCCUCAAUCAAGCAGGUAUCCUGGCGAAGCAUCAUCUCAUGGUCAAGAAAGAAGGGGAUUUUACUGCUUCAACUCUUUACCAAACAUCAAUGGUUCUGAGGGACUGGAUUUGUCCAUUGGCCCCAAGCCACGGGAUUAUGGUGGCAGCAGUUCAUUGUACUCUUCUCUCCAAUGCUGUGGCAUAGAUGUUGUAACUCGAGAUGGAGGAUCAAUCAAAGAAGAAAGAAAAAGCACAAGAAAUUACCGUAAAUAGCCAUAUGGUUGUCACCGGACCUAAGUUAAGUGCUUCCCAUUGUUUCUUUGUAUGGUUAAGCAAAUGGUAAUUGUGAUCAUGCCAAAAUCAGAACUGAAAGUUUAAGAGUAUCUUGCUUUAGUUAUUCUCCUUAUCUGUGCUAGUUCUUUGGCAGUUAACUUGACAUUAUCAUCUGGAAAUUUACCGAUGUCGAUCC